UUUGUGCGUGUCUCCGUACGUAUCGGCCCCCCUGGUUUACCCCGCUCUCACGUACUUCCACCGUUAGCGCACUUCUGUCGAAGGUUUUUUUCAUCAGUGCCAAUAUGCAGUAACGUGCACCUUCGAUACAUGUUGAAACAGUAUGAUGGUUUGAAUAGAAACAACUGAACGCGUGUAAAAACAUUAAGCGUUUUGGAAGGUAACAUGAAGCGCGCGCGGCUAUGGAGUGCUCUGUGUUUGAUGACCGUCUGUUACCAGCUUGGCAUGUCAAGCAGAUACGGCUGUCUGUUUGAGAAGCGGCUGUGCUCCAGGGAGCAGCUCUGCUCUGACGAUGGCCUCUUUGGACAGUGCCAGGGCUCCAAGCAGGACCGGGUUCAGUAUCAGGUCUCGGUGCCUGUGCUGCAGAGACUGCAGGAGGUGCUGAAGCAGCUGAUGAUUCAGGGUCUCUCCUGGCAGGAUGACAUCACCCAGUACAUAAUCGCCAAGGAGCUGGGCCGGGUUCCCCAAACGCACACCCCUGCCCGAGCUCGGGAUAGCCCCCCGUCACAUGCCUCCCUGCCCCCAGAGAAGUCCACGGGCAGGACGUCCUACCCCAGCGGCUCCAAGUCCCGGGCCGGUGUGGAGCAGCUCAGCCCGGCUCUGGUGCAGCGUUACCUGGACUACAUGAUCCUGUCCGACCCCGCCCAGGCCUCCCUGCACAUGCAGGCACCUCUGCUGGACCCGUACACCUACCACCAGUAUGGGUACCAGGAGGAAGAGGAACGAUCCCUAAACUCUUUAGGGGGCCCCGGGUACCCCCGCCUCUCCUCGGCAUUACGGAGCGAUCGGGCUCACGCCCGGGACCAGGACCGACAGCUGCUGCAGGACCUGCUGUCCCUGUACCUCUCCUCCGCACAGCCCUCCUCUCGCCACCGGGUGGCGGCAGUGUCAGCCUCUCCCUUCUACGAGGAGCUGGACUUCCCACUGGACUACGCCGAGGACUACGUCUCCCAGGAGGAGGAGAUCGGCGGGCGACGGCAGCACAAGAAGGCCCCGCAGAACUACCGGGCCAUGAUGGGUCUGGACGAGGUGACGCUGCAGAGGAUGGCCGCGCUGCUGGAGAGGUACGGCAUCGACGUGAAGGACCUGACCCCCGAGCAGCUGGACAGCCUGAUCGCCGUCCUGCAGCUGCCGCAGAUCAGCAACCCGCAAGCCCCCCCAGGUCAUUACAAAGAUGGCACGGGCUCAAUAAAGAAGAUGAAGCUCAUGGAAGGCUCCAUGACACACAUGGGCGAAAAGGCCCCCGUGCCCCCCCCCUCCGCCGCCUCGGCCCCAAACCCCCAGACGACCCCCCCGGAGCGCCCUUCCACGACUUCGGCCCCCACCACGACCGUCGCCGUCACUGCGGGGGCCGUGGCGACGGUUCAGGGGGCGACCACGCCCGUGCGGGAGGAAGAGGCGAACACGAAGAGUUCCGGGGGCCCCAAGGCGGGGCCUAACGCCGGAGGGGCCCCGCAGAGCAGGGAGGAGUACGGCUACAUCGUCACCAAUCAGAGUCCGCUCAGCCUGUUUGACGGGGUGCGCUUGCUGGAGACCCUGGCUGAGAGAAUCCAUCUCACCACCAGCACCUUCAUCAACAUCAGCGUGGUGGGUCCCGCCCUGACGUUCAGAAUCCGGCAGAACAGCCAGAACCUGAGCGCGGACGACGUGGCUGAGAAGGCCGUGGCUGAGAAGGUCUUUCUGGAGUCGGAAACAGGCCUGAAAAUACUCCAGACUGGAGUCGGAGAGAGGAGCGACGGGCGAGGGUUGCCCCAGGCGACGCGGGUGCGGGACGGCUCCCGCUGGGUGUUCCUCACCCUGGUGGGCGUGGCGUGCGUGGGCGGGAUCCUGGUGGCGGCGCUGACCAUCGCCUGCCUCCGACACCACGCCCGUCAGCUGGCCUCGGGCAAGCUGGGCCUGGGCCCCGAGGGGGGAAGCGACACGCACUAUGACUACCAGGAAUUGUGUCGUCAGCACAUGGCGGCCAAGUUCGGUCGACAGGAGGCGGGAGGCGGGGCAGGGGGAGGCGGAGGGGGCGGGGGCGGGGGGGGCACGGACACCUCCAGGGUGAGCAGCGUGUCGUCCCAGUUCAGCGACGCCCCCCAGCCCAGCCCCAGCUCGCACAGCAGCACCCCCUCCUGGUGUGAGGAGCCGGCACAGUCCAACAUGGACAUCUCCACCGGUCACAUGAUCCUGGCCUACAUGGAGGACCACCUGAAGAACAAGGACCGCCUCCUCAGGGAGUGGGAGGCCCUGUGCUCCUACCAGGCCGAGCCCAGCGCCGUGUCCGUGGCCCAGAGCGAGACCAACCUCAAGAAGAACCGCAACCCCGACUUCGUACCCUACGACCACUCGCGAGUGAAGCUGAAGGCGGAGGUCAACCCCUCCCGCGCGGACUACAUAAACGCCAGCACCAUCAUUGAGCACGAUCCCCGAAUGCCCGCCUACAUCGCCACCCAGGGACCCCUCUCACACACCAUCGCCGACUUCUGGCAGAUGGUGUGGGAGAACGGCUGCACGGUAAUCGUGAUGAUGACGGCGCUGGUGGAGGACGGGGAGAAGCAGUGCGACCGCUAUUGGCCGGAUGAGGGCUCCUCCCUCUACCACAUCUACGAGGUGAACCUGGUCUCCGAGCACAUCUGGUGUAAUGACUUCCUGGUGCGGAGCUUCUACCUGAAGAACGUGCAGACGCAGGAGACGCGCACGCUGACGCAGUUCCACUUCCUGAGCUGGCCUGCCCAGGGAAUCCCCACCUCCACUCGCCCCCUGCUGGACUUCCGCAGGAAGGUAAACAAGUGCUACAGAGGCCGGUCCUGCCCAAUAAUCGUGCACUGCAGCGAUGGAACAGGCAGAACGGGCACCUAUAUCCUGAUUGACAUGGUCCUGAACCGCAUGGCCAAAGGUUGCGUUUCAGGAGUGAAGGAAAUCGACAUCGCUGCAACCCUCGAACAUAUCCGUGACCAGAGACCAGGCAUGGUGCGCACCAAGGACCAGUUUGAGUUCGCCCUGACGGCCGUGGCGGAGGAGGUCAACGCCAUCCUGAAAGCGCUGCCCCAAUAAGCUCCGCCCACUCCGUGCCGACCCCCUGCCCUCCCUCACGCCCCCGCCUCCCCCCCCCC